AUGUCCGCCUUCACACAACGAACCGCUACCGUCACCCGACGCCUAGCAACAACAACCACCUCCUCCACCACUUCCACCAUCCUCCCCCGCGCCGCCCUCAGCACAACAGUGCGCCACAAAAAAUCCGCCGUCGAUUCCGCCAAGGAAACCCUCAAGUCUGUCGACCGCAAGGUCUCCGACAAGUUGGUAGAUGGCAUCAAUAUUGGCUCGGCCUACGCAGACAAAAUCAAGGAAGCGUCAGAAGACGUGAGCAAGGGCAAAGUGACGGGCAAGGCGUCGGAGUUGCGCGGCGAGGUGGCGGGUAAGGCGAGCGAGGUUGCUGGUGAGGCUAAGGGCAAGGCGUCGGAGUUGGCGGGGGAGGCGAAGGGUAAGGCGAAAGAGGUUAAGGGGGAGGUGAAGGAGAAGUUGUCGUAG